GGCAGCGCAGUGGCCCUCAGCUGUCAUUCCAAAAACAGGUGCUGUAAAUCAAUACCUCGGUGGUUAUAUUUCGCCAGCACCCUGGCAGGAGGCAGCGCAGCUCUCUCCUCUGAAGAGACCUUAAAGGCGCUUUGUGCGUGCGCCGGUCUGUAUUACUGCAGCAAAAGGGAGCUGUGAUGAUGAAGGUGCAUCGCGUACUCCUCCUCAUCUCUGCAGCUGGGCUGGCCCUGUGCUAUGAAGAUGAGACUCGCCUUGUUGAGGACUUGUUCAGGGACUACAACAAGGUGGUGCGCCCAGUGGAGGACCAUCGGGACGCCGUCAUCGUCACCGUCGGGCUGCAGCUCAUUCAGCUUAUUAGUGUGGAUGAAGUAAACCAGAUUGUGACAACCAAUGUACGCCUGAAACAGCAAUGGACAGAUGUUAACCUCAGGUGGAAUCCAGAUGACUACGGCGGCGUGAAAAAAAUCCGCAUCCCCUCAGAUGAUAUCUGGCGGCCAGACCUUGUUCUUUACAACAAUGCAGAUGGUGAUUUUGCUAUCGUUCAAUACACCAAAGUCCUUCUGGAGCACACAGGCCUAAUCACCUGGACACCACCAGCGAUUUUUAAAAGUUACUGUGAAAUUAUAGUGACGUACUUCCCAUUUGACCAGCAGAACUGCAGCAUGAAGUUGGGAACUUGGACAUAUGAUGGUACAGUGGUUGUUAUUAACCCGGAGAGUGAUCGUCCAGAUCUGAGUAACUUCAUGGAGAGUGGGGAGUGGGUGAUGAAGGACUACCGCGGCUGGAAGCACUGGGUUUACUAUGCUUGUUGCCCCAACACCCCCUACCUGGACAUCACCUACCACUUCCUCAUGCAGCGCCUGCCUCUCUACUUCAUUGUCAAUGUCAUCGUUCCCUGCCUGCUCUUUUCCUUCUUAACCGGGUUUGUUUUCUACCUACCCACAGAUUCAGGUGAGAAAAUGACUCUCAGUAUCUCUGUCCUGCUGUCUUUGACUGUGUUCCUCCUGGUCAUCGUGGAGCUGAUUCCCUCCACCUCCAGUGCAGUGCCUCUAAUAGGCAAAUACAUGUUGUUUACAAUGGUUUUUGUCAUCGCUUCAAUCAUCAUCACGGUCAUUGUCAUCAACACCCACCACCGCACCCCAAGCACGCAUACCAUGCCACACUGGGUCAGGAAGGUUUUUAUUGACACAAUCCCAAACAUGAUGUUUUUCUCCACAAUGAAACGACCGUCCAGGGAUAAACAAGACAAAAAUAUUUUUGCAGAAGACAUUGAUAUUUCUGAAAUUUCUGGGAAGCCAGGUUCUAUGCCUGUCAACUUCUACUCCCCACUUACCAAAAAUCCAGAUGUGAGAAAUGCUAUAGAAGGAAUCAAAUACAUUGCGGAAACUAUGAAAUCGGACCAGGAAGCAAGUAAUGCUGCAGAAGAAUGGAAGUUUGUUGCAAUGGUGGUUGAUCAUCUUCUCCUUGGUAUAUUUAUGCUAGUUUGCAUUAUUGGAACAUUAGCUGUAUUUGCUGGUCGCCUUAUUGAAUUAAAUCAGCAAGGAUGAACAUCAACUGGAAACUAUUUGCUACCCUGGUCAGCAUGUGAAAGCAUCUUAACCAUCAAAACCUGGCCAGCCUCCGAAAGUUUUACAGACAGGAACUGAUCCCUGCUGGGAAAGAUCUGGGAUAAUAAAACGUAAGGCUCCAUACUUAACACUUCUGAGCUGCUGCUCAGUGGCAUUUCACUGCCAAAAAGAAACACUUGUGUUACUGGUAGACUGAAUGGCUGCUGGCCAGGUUUUGAUCCAUUUUACCAUAUAUUAAAAAUGUUAAUGCCUUAAUAAGACUGUCUGGCUUUGUAACCCACAGAUACAAUUCCAGAGAAAUCAAUAGCAGUGUAAUAAGCUUUAGCUGAGCUGUAAAUCUGUAUCCAACUUUAGCAUUCGAGCUAGCUUCAAUAUUUGCUCUGUGGUUUUUGUAUUGGCAGGGUCACAAAUGACUGUUCUUGUGAUGCUGCUUAUAACCAGCAGAAAUAUAUUGAACUCCAUGCUUAAGCACUUGAUUUUCAUGCACAAAUCUGAAAGGACUGGCUGUCAUAUGUGACUCUACCCAUAGAAACUCUUGAUGCAGCAAAGAGGAGGUACUGUUCCUUACUGUGGGAAAGAUCCAGCCUCAGCCAGUUUGGUCCCACAGGUAUUUUUUUGGUAUCAAGUUCCAGUGUAAAGGAGUUGUAGGGGAGGAUUUCUUGCCCUGUUUUAUCACUGAGCCCUGCCCUGCGACCAUGAGGCAUCCCAGUGACUAUGUUGUAGUAGCUGCCAUUUUAUUUUAACCUAAUAACACCUGUUACAAGAGACCCUAAAUUAAUUACAUAUUAAUGCUCAGGAUUUUCAGUUGUGAACAGAGAUGCUCAGCAAUUUGCAUCCUAAGGGAAAAGUUUAGGCCAGAGGGAAGAGAAUGCAUCCACAGGAUAACCUCUGUACUCGGCAUACUCUGCUGCAGGAAGGCUGGCUUCGAAGGUGGGGGUGCUCAGUAUAACAUCUGAAACACGAUUCUCUCUGUUCCCUGAAAAGUGUCCCCUGUCCUGCUGAAAUAGAUCAUGAGCAUUAAAGUCAGACGCUGCAUCACAAAGAUCAUUCCCGGGGAAAUUGUGGAUCUCAGUUUUACUUACACAUGACAAAACGACAGCCCACCCCCAUAAUCUGAGCAACACAAAUAAUUACCCAAACUUUAUCCAAAUGUUGAGCAGCAGCUCGCUCUAGUGGUUAAAACGAAGUAGUGCUGCUUUCGGGCAAAGACCUUUCGGUUUUAGUGAAUAUUCAGCAGAAGCAACAAGCUUCUGAGUGUUCCAAAAAUACAGCGUGGCAAUAGUAGCAGCGCUGCUUAUUUUUCUCAGAAAUAAAUAAGAAGAGGUGGGGCAAGGAUACAAGUUACUCAUCUUUCCCAGCUGGUUGUCCAAGCCGAUAGGACUUGUUUGCUAACAGCUGUAAAUAAUUUGCUGCAAGAUUAAUAAAAUAAUUUGUAUUAUGUUAA